CUUAAAGAUUGCACUUUCUCAGUCAGAGAUUAAGUACAGUCUCAGUGCAUGAUGGAGUAGUGAGAGACUGAGAGCGUAUAGUGUCAAGUGCCAACAAUAAUUGCCUAUGAACGAACGAUAACACGUAUUAAAUUUCCGGAUAUAAAAUAUACGCAGUACUUACUUACUUUUUGUUAACUAUUGAAAGGAUUUUAUUGAUUACCUGUGAUAAUCGUCACGAAAAAUUACUCCUGUCAAGUAUUUUUACGUUUAAAUUAUAGUGAGGUUCGCUCACAGGACAAAUACCAUAGUGAUAAUGAUUGAUCUUCAAAAAAUUCUCUUAUCUUCUCUGUUACUUAUUCAAAUGUGGCACUUAACUCGAGGAGAUAAAAUGCCAUCAGACUUACAAGCACAAUCGUCGAUAGCUUCAGAAUCAAAAUUCGACAAUGUCACACCAAUGAAUUCUUCAAUGGAGAAUUUAGGAUUUAUUCAUGCAUUUGUAGCAUCACUUUCAGUUAUUGUAGUUUCUGAAUUGGGGGAUAAAACGUUUUUCAUUGCUGCAAUCAUGGCCAUGAGACAUCCUAGGUUAACAGUAUUUGCAGGUGCUAUCGGAGCUCUUGCAGUAAUGACACUUUUAUCAGUUGUAUUUGGCUAUGCUGUCACCAUCAUUCCUCGAGUUUAUACUUAUUACAUAUCCACUGGCUUAUUUGCUUUAUUUGGCUUGAAAAUGUUACGAGAUGGGUACUAUAUGUCACCAAAUGAAGGCCAAGAAGAACUUGAGGAAGUUCAAUCUGACCUUAGAAAAAGAGAAGAUGAAUUUGAGAAAGAAACGAGUAUGACUCUUGUUCAAGAUCCAGAAACUGGUGUUAUUCGAAAAAGUAAAAAUACAAGUGCUCUUAUGAUGCUUUCUAGGAUAUUUUUACAAGCAUUUUCACUGACUUUUCUUGCUGAAUGGGGAGAUAGAUCUCAACUUACUACAAUUAUUUUAGCUACUAGAGAGGAUAUUUAUGGCGUUGUAGUAGGUGGAAUUUUGGGUCACUCUUUUUGUACUGGUUUAGCUGUACUUGGAGGUCGAAUGAUUGCUCAAAGGAUAUCAGUGAGAACAGUUACAAUAAUUGGAGGAAUUGUAUUCAUGAUUUUUGCUUUAACAGCUUUAUUCAUCAAGCCUUCAGAUACGAUAUAAAAAAAAAAUUUUUUUAAAACAGAAUAACGCACUAUGCAUAUUCUAUGGAUGCACGGAAAAAAAUUGUAUGCUGCUUAUGACGUACAGUAUUAUUUUUUAUUAAAAAGUAAUAUCAUUUCAUAUUUUGUAUAAAUACUUUAUAUAUAUUUCAAAACAAGAACAAUACCAUUGUAUCAACGAAGUCGCCCAAAAUAUUAUUUAAUACUCUGAUGAUAAUGAAAUGAUAUUAUUUUUUCAUAAUACUGAUCAGAAUUGAAUUAUUGAUUAUGCUCGAUAAUCAUUACUGUAUAUUAUUUGUACAUAAAUAGACAAAGUGUAUAGGUACAUGUUUUUGCGUGUCUUUGGAUGUAAUGAAGUGAAAUAAUCCACAAGAUACUUAUAAUAUUUUCUUACCAGUUAACAUAUAGUUAUUUCAAAGUGAAAGAUAUUCUGUAAAUUCUAUUGUACAUUAUCCUGUUCGUCACGAAGCUUGUGACUUUUUUUAUUUUGUACAAAGUGUAAAAUUAAUCUGUUGAAAAAUAUUUAAAAAUGCAUCAUUUAUAAA